UUGGCUGCUCCAGUGGCUGUGGUUACUUGGUAUACCUAUCUGCUCCCUUCAAAAUUAAAAUGGUUGAAGCCAAGGUAGAGUGCACAGCUACUAGUAAGACUUAGGUAGCUAACUACCAUUCAAUAUUCCCUUGUACCAUGGAUUAAUCUAUAAAUAUCAAUGAACCCAUUUUCAUUUUUUUAUAUAUGUUUUACUUGACACACUCUGAUGGAGGUUUCAUGGGAAGAAAGUGUGACAUAUUCCAUAAACGCAGUGUACCUUCUCUUCUCAGCGUACCUCGUUUUUGUAAUGCAAAUUGGGUUUGCCAUGAUAUGUACAGGCUCCGUACGUGCCAAAAAUGCCAUGAACAUAAUGCUCACCAACGUUGUUGAUGCAGUUGUUGGUAGCAUCUCCUUCUACCUCUUUGGUUUUGCAUUUGCAUACGGCAAUUCCAACCCUUUCAUUGGCACUGAUUUGUUUGCCCUAUCCCAUAUUCCAAACCAAACUUAUGACUACUCUUUCUUCCUUUACCAAUGGGCCUUUGCUAUAGCCGUCACAGGCAUCACAAGUGGCUCCAUAGCUGAGAGAACCCAAUUCAGUGCCUAUCUUGUUUUCUCUUUUUUCCUAAGUGGGUUUGUCUACCCAGUUGUCGUCCAUUGGCUUUGGUCAUCAAGUGGUUGGCUCAGCCCAAGUUCCAGUGACCUUUUCAUGGGCUCAGGGGCCAUUGACUUUGCUGGGAGUGGAGUGGUGCAUUUGGUUGGUGCAGUUGCUGGGCUUUGGGGGUCCAUCAUUGAAGGCCCACGGGUCGGCCGAUUCGACGCUUUUGGCAAGCCCGUGCCCAUACGAGGCCACAGUGCGACACUUGUUGUGCUUGGGACGUUUUUGUUGUGGUUUGGUUGGUUCGGGUUUAACCCUGGCUCCUUUGACAAGAUUCUUGUGGCCUACCCUACUACGUCGUCCGAAGGUAACUGGACCUCGGUGGGCCGGACUGCUGUGGUGACCACAUUAGCCGGCUCGACGGCUGGAGUGGUCACCUUGUUCGGCCGACGAUUGCUGGUCGGCCACUGGGAUGCAAUGGAUGUGUGCAAUGGGUUGCUUGGUGGGUUUGUGGCCAUCACUUCUGGAUGCUCAGUUGUGGAGCCAUGGGCUGCCAUUCUAUGUGGGUUUGUCUCAGCUUGGGUGUUGAUUGGGCUCAACAUUGUGGCACUAAAGUUGAACUAUGAUGAUCCAUUGGAGGCAGCCCAAUUGCAUGGCGGGUGUGGCACUUGGGGUUUGUUGUUUACUGGGCUUUUUGCCAAAGAGGAGUUUGUGAUUCAAGUGUAUAAUUCAGGUGAGACUGGGGUGGCAAGACCCUAUGGGCUCUUACUUGGAGGUGGAUGGGGCUUGAUUGGAGCCCAAGUGAUUGAGAUUUUGGCAAUAUUUGGGUGGGUAAGUGUAACAAUGGGCCCUAUAUUCUAUGCCUUGCACAAGCUUGAGAUAUUGAGAAUUCCUGUACAAGAGGAGGUUGCUGGCCUUGAUAUCUCAAGCCAUGGAGGGUAUGCUUAUGCUCAAGAAGAUAACUAUCCAAGAUCUUAUGGAGAUUAUAUGUCUAGUCAUCGUGGCCUAUCAUAGUUUGGUUUUAUAAAGGCAGGUUAGUUAGUUUUUUUCCUUGAUUAUGUUGUGGAUUACCAACUAUUUAAUGAUUGGGGUAUUUUUAGAUUAUUAAAUAAUAUUGAUUUAAAAAAUUAAUACUAUGUUAUUUUAAUUAUAAUGAUAAAUAUUUACUAUUAAGCUUU